AUCGUGCUCUCCGCUGGCAUUACUGCCAUCGUUGGCUUAGCCGCUGGACGCCGGACUGCUGCACUGCCGCCGUCGCAAAUUGUGAUAAUUGAUUUCAAUUGGCUCCAUGCCGUUUGAGUGGCCCGUUGAAUCGCCCGACGACGCCAGCAACGAUGUUUGAUACCCAGCUGAGUCUGUGCGCGGGUCGCAUGGUCGCCGAUUCCACCACCACCACCUCCGGCAUGGAUGGAUGCGAUGGUGCCAAGACGAUGAUAUGCCGCGCUUGUCUGGUGCUGCUGGGUCCGCAGGAUGCGUGCCACAAUCUGGACAGCGAGCAGGAUCUGGCCAGCAAGUACUACGGCUGCACUGGAGAGGAUGCGGUUAGGGAUUUGCCACCCCACUUGGUGCUGAAAAGCAUCUGCGAGUGCUGCUAUCAGUUGGUGCAAAAGUUCCACGACUUUCAACGCAUGUGCGCAGAGUCCUUGCGCAAUUUUGAGAAGCUGCUGCAGGACAUCGACAUUGGCUGCCUCAAGCUGGAGGACCACACUUGGCCCGACUUGGACACCCCCUCGGAGAGCAACGAGUCCACUAAUCCGGAAGCCCAGUCGGACGCACCCUGCAUCGUAGCGACGCAGGAGAUUGAGGAAGUGUACGUAAUAGAGGACGAGUCAGCCAAACAGGAUCUGGGCCAGGAGAAGCUAUCCAUUGCGGGCUCUAGCAAGUUGCUGGGUGCCAGGAAGCGACGAGGAGUGCGACACACCCUCGAGUGUCGCAUAUGCCAUCGUGGCUUCUACAAACCAUCGCUGCUGGAGGCCCACAUGCAGCAGCAUGAGGGUCUGAGACCGUAUACCUGCGUCCAUUGUGCGAAGAGCUAUGCCCGGGCCAAUCUGCUGGAGUCGCACCUGCGGCAGAUGCAUAACAAUGCCGCCGCUGCGCGGAUCAUCUAUGCCUGUCCGAGCUGCAACAAGGUGUACACAGCGGACCGAAGUCUCAAAUAUCACAUGAGAAGGGCGCACGAAAGGAAUCAUGGGGCAGAGUGCCCGGAUGCCCGGCACAUUUGUGAGGAGUGCGGCAAGUGCUUUGCGCGAAAGGCACAUCUAACGCGCCACAAGUUGGUCCAUGGUGGCGUUGAGGAUCGGAGAUACUGCUGCGAGUGCUGUGAUCGUAGGUUCUAUACCAAGGAGAACAUGGUGGAUCAUCUGCAGCGCAAGCAUGGCAACAAGAAUCUGCAGCUCAGAUGCAGAAAAUGCGGACGCAUAUUCCGGAACAGCGUGGAGCUCAACGCUCAUGGGAGGAAACACAAAGCGAUGGAUGUAGUUCAAUAAUUCGUUUUAUUUGUGGUUUCAAU